ACCUUUUUUAGGAAAUAUUUCCUAUUCAUUUCGUGUAACGGCAGUGUGCUUUUUAGUUGCAAGACAAGUACAACUGUUUCAUAAGAGACCUGAUAUUCCGUUUCGUGCGACAAGAUGGCUACUCAAUGUGUGUCAAAAGUAGAACUCUCCAUCUCGUGCAGCAAUCUCCUCGACAAAGACGUUGGAUCCAAGUCUGACCCACUCUGCUUGCUGCUGCAGAGCAUUGGGGAUGACAAGUGGACCGAGUUGGACCGCACAGAGAGGGUAGAAAACUGCCAGGACCCCGAGUUCUCCAAGAAGCUGCUCCUGGACUACCACUUUGAGAAGGUGCAGAAGUUGAAGUUCGGUGUCUAUGACAUAGACAACAAGUCUGUCGAUCUGAAGGAUGAUGACUUCCUGGGGGGGGUUGAGUGCACACUGGGACAGAUUGUGUCCAGCAAGACGUUUACCAGACCUCUACAACUGAAGAAGGGGAAGCCUGCAGGCAAAGGCACCAUUACUAUUACUGCUGAGGAGAUAAAGGAUAACAGGGCCAUAGUGCUGGAGGUGGAGGCUAAAGGCCUGGAUAAGAAGGACUUGUUUGGGAAAUCUGAUCCAUUCCUAGAAUUCUUUAAGCAAGGAGAUGAUGGCAAGUGGCAGCUAGUUCACAGAACAGAGGUUGUCAAGAAUAAUCUGAGUCCGUCAUGGAAGAAAUUCACUGUGGCUCUGCAAACAUUCUGCAACUGUGACAUGAGCAAACCAAUCAAGGUCCACUGCUCUGAUUAUGAUAGUGAUGGCUCGCAUGACCUUAUCGGUGUUUUCCAAACUAAUGUGUCUGAGCUGCAGAAAGCUGCCCAUGGUUCGCCGGUGGAGUUUGACUGUGUCCAUCCAGAGAAGAAGAAGAAGAAGAAGAGUUACAAAAACUCUGGAGUAAUCAGUGUCAAGGGCUGCCAGAUACAGGCACAGUACACAUUCCUAGACUAUGUCAUGGGAGGUUGCCAAGUAAAUUUUACGGUGGGCAUUGACUUCACUGGGUCAAACGGCGACCCUCGCUCUCCACAGUCCCUGCAUUACCUGAGUCCUGAUGGUCUGAACCAGUACCUGUCGGCCACAUGGUCAGUGGGCCUUGUGGUCCAGGACUAUGACACUGACAAACUCUUCCCUGCCUUUGGAUUUGGAGCUCAAGUGCCCCCAGACUUCAAGGUAUCCCAUGAAUUUGCACUGAACUUCAACCCAAGUAAUCCUUACUGUCAAGGGGUCCAGGGGAUUGUGGAGGCCUACCGCAUGGCCCUACCUCAGGUGAAGCUCUACGGUCCCACCAACUUCUCCCCCAUAAUCAACCACGUGGCAGGCAUCGCGUCAGGGGCGGCACAGCAGAACAACGCAUCGCAAUACUUUGUCCUGCUAAUCAUCACCGAUGGCGAGAUCACGGACCUGGACCAGACCCGGGAUGCCAUCGUCAAGGCCUCACGGCUGCCCAUGUCCAUCAUCAUCAUCGGGGUGGGUGAAGCAGACUUCAAGGCCAUGGAGCUGCUAGAUGGAGACGACGGCGUACUCAAGUCCCUAAGUGGCGAGCCCGUCACCAGGGAUAUUGUGCAGUUUGUUCCCUUCAGACAGUUUGCCAAUGCCCCUAAGGAAGCCCUCGCCCAGAGUGUCUUGGCUGAAGUGCCCAAUCAACUUGUGUCCUACUUCAAGAUGCUGAAACUGGAUCCAGUCAACAUUCCUGCCCUCAAAGCUUAGUGGAGCAAGCAGAAAUGCAGCACUUUGCAUUCCUAGCCACUUGAGGGAGCCAGCACACCCCACCACACAGGGUUAUGAGUAUGCCCACUAUCGGAUGUGAAAAUCCUGAAAUGAUUUCACUGUCAAUGCUCAUUUUGCCUUUUGAUGCCACUUAUGACCAUAUAUAUAUACUUUUUUUCUAGUCAUAGAUAUUUCUCAUUCUUUGCUGCUUCAGAUAUUCUUCUUUCAUUCCUCUGGAAGUAACAAGGAGUUCAAGAAGGGUGAUGUUAAAAAAAUAGUGGAAAGGAGAGCUUUAAAUAAAGCUAAAAUAAUGCAUUUUGUGAAAUGCAGCUUCAAAACAUUUGAUGAAAUAAAGUAGGCUACUCGCGUAACAAAUAAAGUUUGAACUCCUCGAUCAGACCAAGAGAUUAUUUGCGUUUUGGUACACAAACACAUUGUGUUGCAGAGGCAGUUGCAGUGCGUUCUGUGUGGCGCAUACGUGGAUUUAUCCAUUAAAUUGUAUUUGUAGACUUGACGGAAAUAGUAACAAAGGGUGAAUGUUGAACUUUUGUUGUGCACAUCCAGUAAAACAAUUGUAUUACGUAAUGAAAAAAGUUUGACCUCCAGAAUUGAUUAUGCAGCAUUGAUGCAAUGAUGCUGUAGGUCUGAUCAAGGCGUUACUGGUGGUACAUCUUCAAAAUAAUAAUAAUAAUAAUGGCUACAAAUGCUUAGAGCAUGCACCGCACGUUACAUGUUUCUAAAGGCUUCUGCAUGCUUUGGUUCGGCUGGCACCUAGCAGAAAUCGGCUAGGUGAACUGAACGAGUGUGCUUACAUACUCCUUUAAAAGACCUUCGCUUGAAAAAAAGCAGCGAUGGUACUGUUUGUACAACAUGAGACUCCGUAGCCAGUAUACGCUUCCUCAAAAUAGUCAGAAAUAAUCUAAGAUAACUGAAGAAAUCUGUCAAAUUUUAAUUCGUUGAAUGACAGACGAAGGGGUGUAGACUUCGGCUACUGAAAUUCAGCUUGCGUCCAAGGUUUUUUUUUUGUGCGAACAGAAAAAAAACCUUGCUGAAGACCAAAACGAACAAAAAAAGUCAAUGUCGUCCUAAUAUAUGCACACACACUAUACCGAACUGUUUCGGAUGGGAAGCAUGCGGACGCCUUUUGUGGCCAGCCUUUCAAAUCCCGUAUUGGAAGUCUGGCCAUCUUCAAAUUUGGAUUUUCGAGUUUGAAGUGGCUGCAUUCGUUUUGUAUCUUGUGCAUGUUCACGUGUUGCAAGUCAGAAUCUCUUUGGAACUAUACCAAACUCCAAUUUAGAACCUCAGACUUUAACGCAAUAAUGUGUUUCUUAGCAGUAUUCGUUUGUUUGUAGCCUACUUUUUUUCCUUAGGGGAUACUUCUCUUUAUUUUCAUUGCAAAGACGCUUCCUCUGUUAUAGAGGUUAGGCAGGGUGAUUCUACGUUAUCAGUGCAAACAUCUUCAUUUCCUAAUUGUGUUUAUUACAUCAUGCCCAUUAUCACUCCAUCACUCGGUAUUCCACCACUCAAACUUGAAUACUUGUGCACGACUUUUUGCACUGCUUAUUAACCUUUAUGCAAUGUAGUUUUUUAUGAUAGUGUAUGUCACAUUAUGAGAGCUGGUAUUAUACACCACCUUGCACUUAAUAUGCUUAGUGUAUACGUCACAAAUGCCAAAAUAACUGGAGACAAAGUCAUUUUUGGAUGCAUGACGCUACAGUAUAGGUAGCAAUAGGAUUGGUAGCUAGCUAACUCUAAAUCUCUAGCGAGCUAGCUGUGAAACAAAACUGAUGUGGCUCCAGUAAUGAUAACAUUUUGACUUUUGUAACGUAUCCAAUUUAGAAUGGUAUUCUCAUGCUGGAGAUUAAUUAGAAAUGUAUGCUAAAUCAUAUUAAUCGGCAUGCUAUGGAUUGCUAAAGUUUUGUACCGAAGAUAAAUAAAAUGUGCCUUAGAGUAGUGCUGUAGAACUUCUCACAAAUUGUUUACUACCCCCAUUUGAACACCAUAUUAUUAUCAGGGUUGUUGUUUUUUAUACCUUUUGAUGUUAAUUAACAAAACAACGUGUUUUUCUUGUGUUAUGCUGUAGUUUAUACCCUAUUUCACAUCAAAUUAGGUGUUUGUGUUAUGCCCACCAUUGGUUGAAACGCAGUAUACUCUUUAAAUACAGUACAAUACUAAAAUGUGAAUUAACAUUUCAACUUCCAAAUGGUACCAUAAAAAUUGUUGCAGGUCCACCCAUCAGACAAUGUUGACAUGAACAGGAAUAUCCAUUGACAAUAUUAUUUAAAACAAUCUUCUAUAGCAGGGGUAUUCAACUCACCCUACAAGGUCCGGAGCCUGCUGGUGUUCUGUUAUACAUGAUAAUGAAUUCCACACACCUGCUGUCCCAGGUCUAAAUCAAUCACUGAUUAGGAACAAUGAACAAUGAAAAAAUACAGUGGAACUGUCUUUGAGAUCCAGAGUUGAGUUUGAGGGUUCUAUAGGAAAUGUGUUAAUCGUAGAAAUAUAGAUGAUCGAAUAGACCGCUCAAACUAAACUCUGACCUGGGACUCCAGGUGUGUGUGUAAUAAAUUCCAGUAGAACAGAAAACCAGCAAGCGCUGGACCUCGUUGAGUCCUGCUGGAAUUAGACAGUCCCAUUCAUCGGUGUGAGAACCGGCAGCCAUCUUUGUGGUAAUAGUUGGACGUUAAAAUGUAAAUUCUAUUUAAUACCUAUGACGUACCAGCUAAAUUGCAGUGGUCUGAAGGGAUAGGUCCAAUCUAGGAAUUAUAUUUCUCUUUUAAAUUACACCCUCCCUGUUAUCAAGUGUGCUGUGUCACAACCGAUGGUGGGGACAACACAAACACCACAGAUUUUGUAAAAUAGGGUCUCCUCUACAAUAUGUGAAUAUGAAAAACUCUGAGUUUAGAUAAUUGACAAUAAUUAGUUUUUUUUUUUUUUUUUUUUUUUAAUAUUAAACAACCUUAUACUCUGAGACAAUGAGACUACCUAAUGAUGGCUGUUUUUCAAAGGGGUCUCUUUCCUAAAUGUGGUCUGCAAUUAUAAUUAAGACAAAUGUUCUAUUUUUAUUUUAUUAUUUACAAAAAUGAGUUCUCUGUAUGCCAUGAAUCUCUGUAUGCCAUGAAUCUAGUAAUGUGCUUUUGAGGCCAAAGAAGUGGAUUUGGGUGUAAUCUACACAUUUGAACAGAAUCUUAAUUUUUUGUUCUUGCCCCACAUUGUUUGGGUUACACAGGGCCAUGGGAUUGAUUUUGUCUUCGUUAUGCUACCAUCACCGUCUUGCUGUAUAUGUGCCAUUUAGAUUAGAAAAAACACACUUUCUAACUUAAUGCCAAACAGUUGUCAAGUGUUUUAUCUUAUCAGAUACUUAAUUAAGGAGCCAAAACAAAUUAUAUAAAAAUGAAAUAUCAUUGUAACCAAGAGACCAUAACUUUAUCUAAGCCUAGCCAUACCAACAUUCAGCCAAUUAUAUUUAGAAUGCUUUCGUUAUCAUCCUUUCUGAAAUAUAGCUUUUUGCAACAUGUUUUUUGCAUUCUGAAAUAAAUCCAUAUUUCUAAAUGA